AUGGUCGACGAGGACUGUGUUCCGUUUAGUUAUAAUGAGCUGGGCUGGGUACGCGACCUUUCGCCUUGCGAUAAAGUUACCGUAGACGAAGUGUGGAGAUAUUUGGGACGCACCACAUCAACUCUUCGUCAAGCCCAUCGCGGCUGGGCCUUCAAAGAGGAAGGACACAUUCGUAAUGUGAUGGUGAACGAGGACACGGAGAAUGGAGACUUCGUCGUAAUAAGGGCAACAUGUACGCCGUCAAUGAAAAAAGGAGACUACCCCGUUACGGCAUGGUAUGGGAAGAACGACGGACGCAUCUUAGGAGCUAGCUGCCGAUGUGUUGCAGGCGAAACAUGUCACCAUGUUGCCGCUAUGUUGUUUCAUGUGGCAGAUGCCGCACGUACAACGGCGGCAAAAACGUGCACGGACCUUCCUUGUGCAUGGAUUGUGCCCCCACAAGGCAGAAAACCCCUCGUGCCGGCUCAGCUCAACGACAUCCCAUUUCAAAAGUUCUUAGUGAAUAAGCCAACUAGAGAAACAAGGAAGCAGGUAUACAACCCCGCGCAGCACAGCCAGUCAUCUGACAGUAGCUACACAGAACUGGUGCAAGAUAUGGCGGAUUGCUGUUCAAACUACAAGAUCGCUCCCACUACGAAAAAGGAUGUCUCACACCAGCAGCUGCCAAUAGACGAGGACGCCAGCCUUACAUCUGAGGUAGCUACACAAGCAAUAAAUAACUACUGUGCAAUGCUGAAGAUAAUGUCACCAGAAGAAUGCAAAGAAAUAACAGCAAGGACAGUUGGGCAGGCAGAAAAUGGGCAAUGGCACAAAGAGAGGAUUGGGUGGAUCACUUCUUCAGUGUUCAAGCGAGCUGUCAGGUGUAAGAAGCCCGAGGGCCUAUCAAAACAGCUCCUCUAUCCUAAGCAGUCGGCAUAUUCUGAAGCGAUUGUGUAUGGACGAAAAAAUGAAGCAGUUGCUGUCAAGGAGUAUGUUAAGCUUAUGGCUGCUUAUGAGAAAGAUGUGUCGGUUCAGGUGACAGGGCUGCACAUACAUGACGAGUACCCUUUCCUCGCGGCCUCUCCUGACAGAAUAGUUAGAGACGGCAGUGAGACUGGGCUACUCCAAGUGAAGUGCCCAUUUUCAAAAGUGGGUGUAACACCCCUUGAAGCAUGCAAGGACAAAAACUUCUGCUGCAGGCUCAUAAAUGGUGAAGUGCAACUGCGACGAGACCACGCGUACUAUUACCAGGUACAAGGACAGUUGGCAGUGACCGGUUUCGAGUGGUGCGAUUUUGUCGCGUGGACUAAUGCAGGAUCCUGUGCACGAUCACUGCCGACAACGGCAAGCCCUAUCACCACCACCACCACCACCACCCUACUGCAUUUCGUGAAGUAUGCCCUUGUUCCGGAGAUGCUGACACAGCAUGUAAGACGGAUUGGCCAACUGUACACGAAAGGCAGCUACCCUCCCUACGAGCAGUGUAAAAAAGGCUACUACAUUUGUGAGCCAUGCUCAGGACUGAAAAUGAAAUUCAGAAGGAUCGAAUAA